GGCUUGCCGUAGUUGGCUUCGCCAUUGUUUGACAGGUGUCGAAGCUAGCUGAAAGCUACGCAUCCUCGCACACUAAACUCAAAAGAAGUUUGUUAACGAGGUCUGUGGGAAAAUGACCAACACUCCGGGGAGCAUGUGAGAGAGCCGACGCUUAAGAUUCGCUACAAGACCAGAAAAGCUGAGAUCACAGAACGCAACGCUGCGUCUGUAGGAUGUACACUGACUACAGAUCAAGCAGAGUCACAGGACUCAACACUCUGCCCUUUGAUCCAGCAACCAACAACGACCCUCUCCAGUUCAACAGUUCCAGUGGUUCUCUGGUGACCGAUUGUGCCCCCUUGGAAAACACUGCUGACAAUAGCAAGAAGAGGAAAAGAACCAGUCUCCCUCCAGAAGGAAUUUGUAACAUGACAAUGGACUCCAACUCAAUAGCAAUGCCGAUGUCGGACCCAAAUGCCUGGGCAGCCAUGAAUAACUUAAGAAUGCCUCCGAUAGGAAUGACUGGACAGCCCCUUAUACCAGAUUUUGACCCCAACCUCGGCAUGAUGGCUGGAAUUACCCCCAUGAACCCCAUGAUGCCCGGCCUCGGUAUGGUGCCUGCRCCCGUCUCCCAGGACGUGCCCGUUAUAAAAGAGAUCAUCCACUGCAAGAGCUGCACCUUGUUCCCCCCCAAUCCCAACCUUCCCCCUCCAGCCACAAGAGAACGCCCCCCAGGAUGUAAGACAGUGUUUGUUGGUGGUCUGCCAGAAAAUGCCACCGAGCAGCUCAUCAUGGAGGUCUUUGGACAGUGUGGCGACAUCACGGCUAUACGUAAAAGCAAGAAGAACUUCUGCCAUAUCAGAUUUGCUGAAGAGCCCACAGUGGAUAAAGCUCUUUUCCUGUCUGGAUAUCGAAUCCGCUUGGGUUCCAGCACGGAYAAAAAGGACACGGGUCGACUCCACGUGGACUUUGCCCAGGCCAGGGACGACCUGUAUGAGUGGGAGUGUCGCCAGCGCAUGUUGGCCAGAGAGGAGCGGCACAGGCGAAAGAUGGAGGAGGAUCGCCUCCGGCCGCCGUCCCCUCCGCCCAUCGUCCACUAUUCUGARCACGAGUGCAGCCAGCUGGGAGACAAGAUCAAAGACGAUGGCAAAUUUGCAGAAGCAGUGCGUGUACUCUUGACUUGGCUGGAACGAGGUGAAGUUAACCGCAGAAAUGCCAAUAACUUCUACUCCAUGAUCCAGUCGUCUAACAGCCACAUUCGCCGGCUAAUGAGCGAGAAGAGCCAGCACGAGAAGGAGAUGGAGGAGGCCAAAGACAAGUUCAAGACGGCGCUGGCUGGCAUAGUGGGUCAAUUUGAACAGAUUGUGUCUGUAUUCCAAGCCGCUUCCAAACAAAAGGCAUGGGACCAUUUCUCCAAAGCUCAGCGCAAGAACCUGGACAUGUGGCGCAAACAAGCAGAGGAGAUCAGAAAUAUGCACAACGAGCAGCUGAUGGGCAUCAGACGAGAGGAAGAGAUGGAGAUGUCAGAUGACGAUAUGGAGGACGCCCCUGACAGCAAAGACUCUGAGGACUCAGGUGUUUCCCAAGCAGAAGCCUUAAAGGAGGAGAACGAUUCCCUGCGCUGUCAGCUGGACGCCUAUAGGAAUGAGGUGGAGCUCCUCAAACAAGAACAAGGGAAGAACCAACCAAUCAGAAGUGAAGAGGACAGCACUCACUCUCAGCAGCUCAGCUUCCUGCAGCAGGCUCUGCAAGGCAUGCAAAAGCAACUGUUAAAGAUGAGGGAAGAGCUGAAACAGCGGGAGGCUGAGCUGGAAAAGAGCUUGGAGGACAAACAGCAGCUGAAGUCACAAGUCCAGAAUCUGAAGGAAGGUUUCCAGAAACUGCAAAACACGCACACAAUGCAGGAAGUGACGCUCUCAGCAGUGGUGUCCUGCAGUCAGGAGAAAAAAGGUCCCACAGAGAAGACUUCACCGAGUCCUGUUCACUCCGAGAGGGAAGCUCUGCUCGUCGGGAUCAUUUCAACCUUCCUGCACGUCCAUCCUUUCGGAGCCAGCAUCGAGUACAUCUGUUCCUACCUGCAGCGUUUGGACACCAAGAUCAUCCCCGGUGAGGUGGAGGCUCUGCUCUCUCGGCUGCCCUGCACCUUCAGACAGGAGCUGACUGGCGUCGGAGCCAGUUUGGAGAAACGUUGGAACUUCUGCGGCUUCCAGGGCAUCAAGACCACUUAGUCUCUGUUCGUUGACACAUCUGGGACGCGGAAGAGACGACAGGCUGCGGAGGCGCCGUAGCAAUGUGAAAGAUACAGUAAAAAAAAUUUAAAAUUAAAAUAAACAUAAAAGCUCACAACUAUCAAAGAGCCGGGACUGUACCUGACUGUACAAGGACGCCGAGGCCUGAUCUCAGAUCAAGAGGGAAUGUUAUGUGAGCGCUUCAGGGACUCUGUGUAGGAGGCAGAAACUUAAAAAACCCAUCCCCAUGGUUACAAGGAUGUUGAUACCAAGCAGCAUUGAUGGAGUCCUCGGGAGCUCGAUCUCUGAGUCUGCAUCUGCAAAAUAUUUUUAGACACAAUGAGUCCCUGGGAGUUGCAAAGGAGCACUGGAUUCUGCCGUCACUGGAUCAUUACGUAGUUUUGCCCACAGGAGCGGGACGAUGGGCUCUUUUGAGCCGACGCGUGCUUCUGUACGGCGUGGGCCUGCAGGGCUAAUCAGGGAGGAAAUACGGGGCCCGCCUGAACACUCGGACCCUGUGGACUCUUCGCCCCUCCUUCUCUUUUUGCUGUUCCUGGUUUGUAACAUAGAUCCAAAAUGAAUAUAUUUCUUCAUUUUCUGUAAAGGCUGUCAAUCGUUGCAUAGAAUCAUUUGUUGUAAUACACUGUAAAUGCUUGGAUAAUAUUUUUGAUUAUAAAAAAAAAUGUUUGAAUAUA